AUGUUCUCAGCAGAAGAUAUUUUUGCUGCUUAUGAACGCAUUCGAGAUUUUAUUCAUCGCACUCCUGUAAUGACGUCGAGUUACGUAGAUUCUUUAUGUGGCGUACAAGUGUACUUCAAAUGCGAGCAUCUUCAGAAGACAGGUUCAUUCAAAGCACGAGGAGCAUUGAAUGCUAUUACUCACAGCAGUGGUAAUUUUGGUCAAGCAUUGGCCUGGGCAGCUAAGAUCAAUCACAUUCCAUGCAAAGUUGUUGCACCUAAUGAUGCUCCAUCAUCGAAAUUGAAUGCUAUCAAAGAUUAUGGAGCUGAGGUUGUGCUUUGUGAACCAAAAGAUAGAGAGAUAGUUUGUGCUAAUCUUUGCAAUGAUCAAGUUGAUUUAGUUGAUCCUUACAACGAUUACAGAGUGAUGGCUGGACAGGGUACAAUAGGAAUUGAAUUUUUGGAACAGGUUCCGGACCUGGACAUAUUAUUGCUGUCAGUUGGUGGUGGUGGUUUUUGUUCAGGAAUUGUUGUUGCUGCUAAGAAAAUUAAACCAAACAUUAAAGUUUACUGCGUAGAACCUGAAGGAAAAAAUCUGCAGUACUCAUUGCUUCAAAGAGAAAGAUCUUGGGAUUCUGAUGCAGCUCCUGUGAAAACAAUUGCUGAUGGAAUACGAGUAUUACGAAUUGGUGAAAAAUGUUUUCCACCCAUUCUUGAAUUAUGCGAAAAUAAAGUUUUAACAGUAAAUGAUGGAGAAAUUAUUGAAGCGAUGAAACUUAUUUACAGCAGAAUGAAGCAAGCAAUCGAACCGACUGGAGCAGUCUCACUGGCUGCAUUACUCAAAUACAGAGAUCAGAUAAUCACUGAAAAUCGGAAAAAGAUUGGUCUCGUUUUUUGUGGUGGUAAUAUUGAUUUGGAACGAUUGUCAGCUUUGUUUCAAUGA